GGUCCCUCGGGCAUGACAACGGGAGCUCGUCGCAACCUUACUGAUACAACCACAUGCUUGCACAGCCAUCAUCUGUAAUCGCAUUGACUGGGUCCAGUGAUUCGCAGUAACCAUGGCGACAGAGUCUAAAGCCCCCUUCCCCCCUUUCACUCGGGAGACAGCCCAGUGGAAGGUCAAGGCGGCACAAGCAGCCUGGAACACAAAAAACCCCGAGCUCGUCCAGUUUGCCUACACUACCGACUCAAUCUGGCGCAAUCGGGACACUUUUUUGCAAGGGCGCGAUGAGAUCGUCGAUUUUCUCCGUAAGAAGUGGGCGAAGGAAAGGGACUACCGACUAAGGAAGGAACUGUUUGCUUUUACGAAUAAUAAAAUUGCCGUCCAGUUCUGGUAUGAAUGGCGCGAUGAGACAGGCCAGUGGUGGCGGACGUAUGGGCUGGAAGACUGGACGUUUGCCGAUAACGGGUUGAUGAGGAAGAGGCAGAUGAGUGGGAAUGAUGUGAGGAUUGAGGAGGCUGAGCGGUGGUUCAAGGAAGGGGUAGACGUCGACUCUGUUGAGAUCAGCGAGAGGCAUUGGUAG